AUGACCAGGAGUACCAACAAGCAACCUUUGCUUUUUGAUCCUGAGGUUGAGGCAACUGCUCGUAGAACACACGCAAGUGCAAAGAAAAGGAGGGCGGAGGCUCGUAAACAAGCUCAACAAGCCUCUCAAUCUCUUGACAUGGCAGGUCAGGCUCCUGAGAGAACUCUUAGGCAGUCUACACAGCCCAAGGCUAGCAAUGUUACCGCGGGGAUUAGGAUGCCGACUACUAAUGCUGGAAACUUUGACAUCAAAUCCCAUGUUAUGAAUAUGAUCACGGGAAAUCAGUUCUAUGGCCUUGACAAUGAAGAACCCGUCGAUCAUCUGCAGAAAUUCCUUCAAGCAUGUUCUCUACAAAAGAUUAUUGGGAUGACUGACGACGAGCUCUACUUGUACCUCUUUCGUUUCUCUUUAGCAGGCAAGGCUCAACGUUGGUAUAACUCUCUUCCCAACACCAUUACUACUUGGGCGCAACUGUCUGAUGCUUUUCUAGUGAAGUAUUAUCCCGGUUAUAAGACUCACGACUACAGAGUUAAGCUCUAUAGUUUCUCACAAGAUGCGGGGGAGACUUUUCAUGAUGCGUGGGAGAGAUUCAAAGAUUACCAAUAUAUGUGCCCUCAUCACGGUAUAGAGAAGGAAUUUCUUAUGCAAUCUUUUUAUAAUGGUCUUGAUAAUGAGACUAAGAGGAUGGUAGAUGGUGCGGCUGGCGGCUCUUUCAUGAACAAACAAACUUCUGAGGCUAUUUCACUCUUGGAUACUCUUGCUGAAAAUCAAUGGAAUAGCUCAUCUAGGCGCGCAGCUCAAGCACCAAGGAAGGGGAAGCAUGAAGUUGAAACUUAUUCCCUUCUAUCAUCACAAAUCUCAGCUUUGAAUGCGAAAAUUGAUGGGAUGCGCAUGAAUGCUAAUACAUCUAUGCCCGUCAAUGCUAUGGCUACCUCUAGCCAAGGUGGAGUUGCUUGUGAUUAUUGCGGUGUGCAUGGUCAUUCUCUAAUGGAGUGUUCCGUUAAUCCCAAUGGAGCUAUGGGGGUGCCAGAGCAAGUCAAUGCUUUUCAAGCUCGUCCUCCUUUCAACAACAAUAGCUACUAUCCUGGAAUUCGGAAUCAUCCUAACCUGUCAUAUCGCAGUAACAAUGUGUUAAAUCCUCAACAACAACAUUUUCCACCACAAGCACCACAACAACAUUAUGGGCAACAUCAGCAAUAUCAGCCCAAUCAAGGACCACCCGGUUUCCAAAGGCCUCCUCAAGGCCAUCAACAGCAGCAUUUUCAGAACCAACAACCCCAAUCCGAAUUGGGGGAGUUGAAAAACAUGAUGGCCCAAAUGGCCAAACAGCUUGAGCAACUCGGUACUCACAAUAAAAUGCUUGAAACUCAAGUUGCUCAAUUGGCUGCAUCUAGCUCCUCUAGACAAGCAGGAGCAUUGCCCGGCCAACCCACUCAACCACAUGGCAAGGAGACCGCCAAUGCAAUCACUACAAGGAGCGGGUUGAGUUAUGAUGAGCCGCCCAUGCCUCACAAUGAAGAGUCAAAUUCGAAAGAAGUGGGCAUUCCUGAAGUGGUUAUUGAUGAAGCACCUUCUGAGGCAGUGCACGAGAAAGAGAAAGCAAAAGAAGAGGCAUUGCAAGUGCCUCCCAUCACACUUCCUUUUCCCAACCGCCAAGUAAAGAGCAAGCUUGACAAACAAUUCGGUAAGUUCUUGGAGGUAGUUAAGAAUUUGCAGGUAACAGUUCCUUUUACUGAAUUAAUCACACAAGUGCCUGCUUAUGCUAAAUUCAUGAAGGACAUAUUGACUAGGAAAAGAGCCUUUAGUGAGGUGGAAACAGUUGCUUUUACUGAACAAUGUAGUGCUUUGCUACAAAACAAAUCCCCUCCAAAACUGAAAGAUCCUGGUAGUUUCUCCAUCCCCUGUCACAUUGGGACACUGUUUAUUGAUAAAGCUUUAUGUGAUUUAGAAGCUAGUAUCUAA